GGCAGGAGGAGAGGGAAGCAGCAGCCAGCCGGCCACAGCAGCCCCUGCGCUCUGCCCGCUCGGUGCGGGCCGAGGGAGAGCCGUGAGGGAGCCACCAGCCCGGAGGUGGCCGCCGCCGGCAGCGAAGCUCCCCCGGCCCGCCGGGGCGCCGCCGCCCCCCGUGCCCCGUUGGCGGCGGGCGUGACUGGGGAGCCCGGAGCGGGACUUCUCGAAGCCAGCUGUAGUGAAGAGCAAGAGCUGUGUUCCUGCCAGCCAGACCCAGUCUCCAGUGCUGGUCCCCCUGAUGGCACUUUGUCCAAGCCUGUGAAACCUGCCAAGCUGGACGCCACAGCUUUGCACGACUGCACUUUGGCCGCCACUGUGCCUCCUUCGGAGCUGUCGAGUGAUGCGGUCCCAGCCUGUGACACAGGCAUUCACGAAGAGCACUAUGUGAGUGAAGCAGUGGAAGAUGAUCUGCCAGACUGCAGAGAGUACAGAGAUGCCUGCACCAUUACUGAUGUGUGCAAUAGUACCAAUCUUCCUGAAGUUGAGAUCAUCAGUCUACUGGAAGAGCAGCUGCCUCAUUAUAAGCUAAGAGCAGAUACAAUCUAUGGUUAUGACCACGACGACUGGCUUCAUACACCUCUCAUUUCCCCUGAUGUGAAUAUUGACUUAACAACUGAGCAAAUAGAAGAGACCUUGAAAUACUUCCUUUUAUGCGCUGAAAGAGUGGGCCAGAUGACUAAAACAUACAAUGAUAUAGAUGCUGUCACACGUCUUCUUGAAGAGAAAGAACGGGACUUAGAAUUAGCUGCUCGGAUUGGCCAGUCACUGUUAAAGAAGAAUAAAUCACUGACAGAAAGAAAUGAAUUCCUGGAGGAGCAAGUAGAACACAUCAGGGAAGAGGUUUCUCAGUUGCGGCAUGAGCUCUGCAUGAAGGAUGAACUGCUCCAGUUCUACACCAGUGCUGCUGAAGAAAGCGAGCCAGAGUCCGUCUGUUCCACCCCGCUGAAGAGGAAUGAAUCUUCCUCCUCCGUCCAGAACUACUUUCAUUUGGAUUCUCUUCAAAAGAAACUCAAGGACCUUGAAGAGGAGAAUGUUGUGCUUAGAUCUGAGGCUUGUCAGCUGAAGACUGAAACAAUCACUUAUGAAGAGAAAGAACAACAGCUUGUCAAUGACUGUGUGAAAGAGCUAAGAGAUGCAAACAUCCAGAUUGCCAAUAUCUCCGAAGAGUUAGCAAAGAAAACAGAAGAUGCUGCUCGGCAGCAAGAAGAAAUCACCCACCUUCUCUCUCAGAUAGUCGAUCUGCAGAAAAAGGCAAAAGCUUGUGCAGUUGAAAAUGAGGAACUUGUCCAGCAUUUGGGAGCUGCUAAAGAUGCCCAGAGACAGCUCACAGCAGAGUUGCGAGAGCUGGAAGACAAGUAUGCAGAGUGCAUGGAAAUGCUUCAUGAGGCUCAAGAAGAGCUGAAAAACCUUAGGAACAAGACCAUGCCAAACGCUGUAUCACGUCGGUACCACUCUCUCGGUCUCUUCCCUAUGGAUUCUUUGGCAGCAGAGAUAGAAGGGUCAAUGAGGAAAGAACUGCAUUUAGAUGAACCCGACUCUCCUGACUUUGCUCAUCAGAAGCGCGUCUUCGAGACAGUGAGAAAUGUCAACCAAGUUGUCAAGCAGAGAUCCAUGACUCCAUCACCAAUGAAUAUCCCAGGCUCUAACCAAUCCUCUGCUAUGAACUCAGUCAUGUCUAGCUGCGUCAGCACUCCACGUUCCAGUUUCUAUGGGGGAGACAUCUCUAACAUUACAAUAGACAACAAGACCAAUAGCAUCAUCUUAGAGACGGAAUCCUCUGACAACGGAAAUGAAGACAGGAUGAAGAAACCUGGAACUCCAGGGACUCCAGGCUCCAGUGACCUAGAGACUGCCCUUCGUAGGCUGUCCCUCAGGAGGGAGAAUUACCUCUCGGAGAGGAAGUUCUUCGAAGAAGAGCAGGAAAGGAAGCUGCGGGAACUGGCAGAAAAGGGUGAACUCCAUAGUGGUUCCAUUACCCCCACAGAGAGCAUCAUGUCGCUGGGAACUCACUCGAGGUUUUCCGAAUUCACUGGAUAUUCAGGAAUGUCUAUCAGCACUCGCUCCUACCUGCCAGAAAAGCUUCAGAUUGUGAAACCACUAGAAGGUUCUGCCACUUUGCACCACUGGCAGCAGCUGGCUCAGCCUCAUCUGGGCGGCAUCCUGGACCCGAGGCCUGGGGUUGUCACUAAGGGCUUCAGGACCUUGGACCUGGACCUGGAUGAAGUGUACUGCCUUAAUGACUAUGAGGAAGAUGAGACAGGUGACAUUUCUUACAAGGGCCUAACUACCUCGACGCCAGUUCAGCACACAGAGACCUCAGGUGAGAGGUCACAAGCACAAGUGACUGUUUCAGACAACAAGAAUAACCCCCGCCAAUCUCAGGCUUUCACAGAGGAGAUGCAGGAGUCCACGGCUGACGAUGAUGAGGGGUCUGUACCUCAUCCUGGGAAGUGCAUGUCACAAACCAACUCCACCUUCACCUUCACCACCUGCCGCAUUCUGCACCCCUCCGAUGAGCUCACACGAGUCACACCAAGCCUUAACCCAGCACCUACUCCAGCUGGUGGCAGCAUUGGCAAUUUGAAAGGCACCCCGGUGGCCACCCCCUGCACCCCGCGGCGCCUGAGCUUGGCCGAAUCCUUCACUAACCUCCGGGAAUCCACGACGACGAUGAGCACGUCUCUGGGGCUGGUGUGGCUCCUGAAGGAAAGGGGCAUCUCGGCAGCAGUGUACAAUCCACAGAGCUGGGACAGAGCCAGCAAGGGCACCCUCCUGAACACGUACAUCCCUAAGAUGGCCAUCAUUCCUUCCACUCCUCCAAACUCGCCUAUGCAGACACCUUCUUCUUCCCCUCCAUCUUUCGAGUUCAAGUGCACCAGCCCACCUUACGACAACUUCUUGGCUUCGAAGCCUGCUAGCUCAAUCUUGAAGGAGGUGAGGAAUAAAAAGAACAUCAGGAACAGUGAGAGUCAGACUGACGUGUCUGUUUCCAACCUUAAUCUCGUGGACAAAGUCAAGAGGUUUGGUAUUGCCAAAGUUGUGAGUUCAGGGCAAACAUCAGCUCCUCCUUUAACUGGUGACCAGGGACCUCUUCUCUGUGGGGCACAAGGACCAGUGAGGGCCUUUGUUCCUGGAGGCCUGGCACCAGACGGUCUCCCAUUGGGCUGCCCUGCCGUAACCAGUGCCAUCGGGGGCAUCCAGCUCAACACUGGCAUCCGAAGGAAUCGGAGCUUCCCCACCAUGGUGGGUUCCAGCAUGCAGAUGAAAGGCCCAACAUCUCUCACUUCGGGGAUCCUCAUGGGAACCAAGCUCCCGAAGCAAACUAGCUUACGGUGAAGGACUUUGUUUUUACAGCUUGUCUUUUUAAAUACAUUCUUUCUCCGACCUCCUUUUCCUCUCCCCACCACCCCUUCGUUGCCUCUGGAGUCUGACAAAUCAACUUCGUGCCUAAUGGGAGAACUGUGUAAACUUUGUAUAAAAUGUGUAAAUAUGUACCAGAUGGGUUGUAACUAAUGGGAUUGUUUUACCGCUCAGUUGAGUGCAGAGGCUCUGUGUUAUGAUUGCUGUUAUUAAAGGUAACUCACUAA